UUUUAUUCUGUGAGUAUCUAAAGUUUACAUAUACAUUCUACUGUUGUUGGACAUUUAGGUUGUCUCCAGUGGAGUUCUUACAAAUAGCAUUCUUAUAAACAUUAUUGUAUGUUUGUCUUAGCAUACAUGUGCAAGAACUUACCAAGGAUAUAUGUAUGUGUAUCAUACAUAUCAUCUUAACUAGAUAAUGCCAAACUCUUUUCUACAGGAGUUUAAACCAGUUUACAUUCCCACUAUAGUAAGAGUUUCCAUUACUCCUGCUAGUGCUUGGUAUUGUCAGGUUUAAAAAUUUCAGCAAUUCUGGUGAACAUUUAAUGGAAUCUCAUUUUUCUUACAGGAGAAUGAGGUUGGCCAGUGUUAUUAAUAACUACUCAUUGUGGGAUUAUAGUGAGAAGUGAAUGCCUUGCCUUGGUACAUCCCAUUUCUAAUGGAGGACAAGAAGUUAUUUUCUUCAGUGGCUGCCUUCCAGAAACUCUGGCUGAAUGUUCUUUGUCAAGUGUAUAUUCCCUUCUCUAGGCCUUUCUAUAUAGAGCCCACAAACAUCGUCAAUGUGAAUGAUGUCAUUCAGAGGGUUAGCGACCAUGCCUCUGCCAUGAACAAGAGGAUUCAUUACUACAGCCGCCUCACCGCUCCUGCAGACAAGGCUCUGAUUGCCCCAGAUCAUGUAGUUCCAGCUCCAGAAGAGUGCUAUGUAUAUAGUCCGUUGGGUUCUGCUUAUAAACUUCAAAGUUACACUGAAGGAUAUGGUAAAAACACCAGUUUAGUAACCAUUUUUAUGAUUUGGAAUACCAUGAUGGGAACAUCUAUACUAAGUAUUCCUUGGGGCAUAAAACAGGCUGGCUUUACUACUGGAAUGUGUGUCAUCAUGCUGAUGGGCAUUUUAACACUUUAUUGCUGCUACAGAGUAGUGAAAUCACGAGCUAUGAUAUCAUCAGUGGAUACCACUACCUGGGAAUAUCCAGAUGUGUGCAGAUACUAUUUUGGCUCCUUUGGACAAUGGUCGAGUCUCCUUUUCUCCUUGGUAUCUCUCAUUGGAGCAAUGAUAGUUUAUUGGGUGCUUAUGUCUAAUUUUCUUUUUAAUACUGGAAGGUUUAUUUUUAAUUUUAUUCAUCACAUUAAUGACACAGAUGCUGUACUAAGUACCAAUGAUAGCAACCCUGUGAUUUGUCCAAGUGCUGGGAGUGGUGGCAGUCCUGAAAAUGGCUCUAUGAUUUUCUACGCCAAUGACACAGAACUCCAGCAGUUUGAAAAGUGGUGGAAUAAGUCCAAGACAGUGCCCUUUUACCUCAUAGGGCUCCUCCUGCCACUGCUCAAUUUCAAAUCUCCUUCAUUUUUUUCAAAAUUUAAUAUCCUAGGUACAGUGUCUGUUCUCUAUUUGAUUUUCCUUGUCACCUAUAAGGCCAUACACUUGGGAUUUCAUUUGGAAUUUCACUGGUUUAUGCAGACAGAAUAUUUUGUACCAGAGAUAAGAUUUCAGUUUCCGCAGCUGACUGGAGUGCUUACCCUUGCUUUCUUUAUUCAUAACUGUAUUAUUACACUCUUGAAGAACAACAAGAACCAAGAAAACAAUGUGAGGGACUUGUCCGUUGCUUAUAUGCUGGUGACAUUAACUUACCUCUAUAUUGGAGUCCUGGUUUUUGCUUCAUUUCCUUCACCACCAUUAACCAAAGAUUGCAUAGAGCAGAAUUUUUUAGACAACUUCCCCAGCAGUGACAUCCUGUCAUUCAUUGCAAGGAUAUUCCUGCUGUUCCAGAUGAUGACUGUAUACCCACUCCUAGGCUAUUUGGCUCGUGUUCAGCUACUGGGCCAUGUCUUCGGUAACAUUUAUCCUAGCAUUUUCCACGUGCUGAUUCUUAAUCUAAUUAUUGUGGGAGCUGGAGUGAUCAUGGCCUGUUUCUACCCAAACAUCGGAGGAAUCAUAAGGUAUUCGGGAGCAGCAUGCGGCCUGGCCUUUGUAUUCAUAUAUCCAUCUCUCAUCUAUAUAAUAUCCCUCCACCAAGAAGACCGUCUAACAUGGCCAAAAUUAAUCUUUCACAUUUUCAUCAUCAUUUUGGGCCUGGCUAACCUGAUUGUUCAGUUUUUUAUGUGAAAUACUCAAGGUCUUCUCAAUAUCUUUCAUGGCAUUUUGAACUUUGAGAACAGCUCCACAUAAAUUCACUUGUAAAUGCUAUUGUUGCUGUAAUUCUAAAUGUCUUCCUAAAAUCAUUUUAAAAGGGGGGUCGGGGAAUAGUAGUCCAUGAAUAAGUAAUUUGGAUUAGAGUGGAGAAAGGAGCAAGAAGAAUGACCUUUGUCUCUUUUCAAAUUUACCACCCCUUCAUUCUCACUGUCUUUUCUGAGUAGAAGUGUAUGCCCUUCGAAAAAAUGCUGGGUUUUGCUUUUUAUGGAUAUAAGGUGGGUAGGUUUAUUUUGACUACAGUAAGGAUUCUCAGGGUAUCACAGCAACUAUUGCCAGAUGCUAUUUCUGUCUUAUGUUUCAGUGUAUUCACUUUCAUUUUAUUGCUUGCUAGACCAUUUCUGCAGUUUAUCCAAACAUGUAUUGUUUGGGACAGUAAACCAAAUACCUCAUUUGUAAAAAGAAUUCUCCAUGGCAUCAGUGUUAAUAGAGUGAACUCUUAACUGCAUCCUUUAUCUCUAUUUAAAAGAGAAAGAAAGAAUGUCAGUAGGGGGGCUCUUUGGUCAUGAAACUUAGACAAAAUAAACAAACUAGGAGAGUU